AUGGCUGAAGAGAGUGGAGCUAGCAAGGAAUUGGGAUUUGGGGGAACUGGGCAUAUUGGGAGUUAUGUGGCGAAGGCAAGCGUUUCUUUGGGUCAUCCAACUUACGUUUAUUCAAGAGAUCUCACUCCAGAAACUCCUCCUCCUAAGAAGGAAAUCCUCCAACACUUUGAGUCCAUCGGAGUCAGCAUUGUUUAUGGAACAUUGGGGGAGCAAGAGAAGCUUGUUAGGGUUCUUCGGCAAGUGGAUGUUGUCAUUUGCACGUUUGCUUUUCCUCAGGUUGCUGAGCAAUUCAAGAUCAUUGACGCCAUCAAGAUUGCUGGAAAUAUUAAGAGAUUCAUUCCAGCGGAUUUCGGGCUUGAAGAGGAUAGAGUGAAGCCUUUAAAACCUUUCCAAGAAUUCCUUGACAAAAAGAGCGAAGUGAGAAGGGCUGUAAAAGAAGCUGGGAUCCCAUACACUUUUGUAUCUGCAAAUUUCUUGGGCGCUUAUUUUAUGAAUGGCUUGCUAUGCCCACAUGAUAAGCCAGACGAACUUGUUGUCUUCGGAUCUGGUGAUGUCAAAGUGGCUUAUGUCUAUGAAGAGGAUCUUGGUGCAUACACAGUCAAGGCUGCAGAUGACGCAAGAACACUUAACCGUAUCGUCAACUGUAGGCCACGAGCAAACAUAAUUACAGCACACGAGUUAUUUGCUCUGUGGGAGAAGAAGACUGGUCGAACUUUCAAAAAAGUUUAUGUCACUGCAGAGGACCUCGUCAAACAGGCUGAGACCUUACCAAAUCCAAAAAACAUAGGGCUGUCAAUCGUUCACACCGCAUUCGUGAAGGGUGAGUCGGUGAUCAACUUUGAAGCAGAGGAGAAGGAGAUUCUUGAAGCUUCGCAGCUCUAUCCAGAUCAUAAAUAUACUACAAUUGAUGAACUUCUUGACAUUAUGCUAACCAACCCCCCUAAGCCUUGGCACACUCCAUUGGGGUGAGUUGCUCAAGUUGAUGGGAGAAUUUGCUUGCAUAACACGUUUUAUUGUACUAAAACUAUGUUGGUCGUUAUGAUGUGUGCAAAACUUUUGGUGCGUUUGAAUUUGAUUUUUGUUUGGUCGUUAUG